CUCUUAUUUUCUCUUUUAGCGGCGGACACUUUCCCUUCUCUCUAAAAAUCUUUUCCUUUUUCUUGCAAACCCUAGCCCCAACCUUCAAACUCGUCCUUUUCAAUCUCUCAAGCGACGACUCUGCUCUAUUUCUUCUAAAACCCAAAAUUAAGGCUCAAACUUUGUAAAAAUUCCACAAAAGAGAGAAAGAACAAAAAAAAAAAUCCCCUUGCCUCUCCCAGCUUCAGAUUCUUAGGGUUAUUUUUUUCUCUUUUUUUUUGUUUUGAUUUUGGUUUUUCAGCUGCUAGUAAAUUAGUAAAUCUAGGGUUUUUGGUUCUUUAGUUUUCAAAAAGAAAAGAAAAGAUUUUUUUUAGGGUUUUUCUGAUUUUGCCUCUAGGGUUCUUUUUCAUUACUGUUUAUUAUUUAUUCUGCUAUUCAAGCAGUGGGUGCCAUUGGAUUCUUUUGAUUUUGGCCUCUUCCUAGUAAGAUUUCUCUCUUCUCGUAGAAGGCCUUUUUUUCUUAUCAUAGUACGGUUAUUUUGAUCCUCUAUAGGGCCAACUGCCUUUCAAUUUUUUAUUUUAGAAUGUUCUUCAUGUUUAUUUUAAUUCUAACUUAGUUUUGUUUAAUUCUGCUGUUUGAUCUAUUUUUAGAUUGAAUUAAUUAGUUAAACUUGUUUUUGGGUCAUUAGAGAGACUUUAAUUAUGGGUUUAGAAAUUAGAACCUACAGAACAUACCAAGGCCCAAUACAAGUUUUAAAAAAACUUAUAAAAUAAAUAAAAAAGAAAAUAUAUGCAAAAUAAAAGUAAAUAAAUAAAACAAAUAAAAAUCAUAAUAAAAAUUAAAAUGGUGUCUACACAUAACAUUCACUCAAUAAACCCUAAUUUUGUCUCCAAAAACUGAAACCGUUUCAGGAAACGCUAAAUCCUCUUAGAUCAGGAAGGAUUUCCCUAAUCCAGCUCCUUGGCGGCUUGUUCUCACUUUGACCCAUACAUCUGUCUACAUUUAAUUAGAGGCUUAAUCCAUAUUGUUCUCAUUUCUUCCCAAGUUGAGAAAAAAUGUAGACCAGAGAAGGGGCAUUGAGGGGCAUAAAUGGGUGGAACCUAGAUAAGGAGGGGGAAGCGAGUCAUAGCAUUGGGUUUUGGAGUUUUCUUUUGCUUCAUCCUUGAUCAACGACAUUAAAUAGAGUAGAGUUGAAAGGCCUUUUGGAAUUUCUGAGUUUGGAUUUGGUUUAGCCGUUAGCAGGAAUGGAGGCGUCGGCGCUCAAAGAAAAUUCUUCCAUUGCUACUGACCAAGAGCAUGUCUUAAAUCAUGGAAGCAUGGACUCCAACCUUGAGAUUGCUCAAGAAGAAGAACAAGUUAGGGGCAUAUUGCAAGUUGUUUCAUCUACUGGAAAUUUUUGGCAUAAUUGGGAUAAGCUGAAGAGCAUGCUGUCCUUUCAGCUGAAGCUGGUUUUAUCAGAGUAUCCUGAGGCAAAGAUGACAACUGAUCAACAAAAUGCUUCAUUGGGCGAAACUUACUCAGAUCUGGUGAAGCGACUAGAUGAAGAGCUUCAUAGUUUUAAUGAGGGCCCGCCGUUUACCCUUCAAAGAAUCUGUGAGAUCCUGCUGACUGCAAGAAGCAUCUAUCCAAAUCUCUCAAAGCUUGCCCUAGCACUAGAAAAGAAUUUGCUAGUAACCUCUACAUUGACAGUCUGCACCAAUCCUUAUCCACAAAUGAUGCGAAAUCCAGAACCAGAGAAGGCAAGUGAGGAAGCUCAACCACGGUCUGAUCCCAUCCAAAAUGGGGUUGAACCUGUGGUGGGAGACAGGGAUGAGGUAAUGACAGAGGUGGAGGAGGCUGAUAUUGAGGAUAUGACUAUUGACAUGGAUGCCUUCCAAGAAAUGGUUGGAUCAUCAGAAGCAAAUUCCACAGUAGCUGGGAAUUCUUAGGUUGAAAGCCCUUUCGACCCCAUAAACAACUUAAUUCUUCAAGCUUUUGGGUCCACAUGCUGCUAAUGUAGAGGUGCAGAUUUCUUGAAUGGUGUGACUAUUCUGUUUGUAUUUAGGUUACUAUUUGGACGAAAUUUUCAGGAAGACAGCAGAAAUGGUUACAGCUUAUGGUCCUUAAGGUGUCUCCCUAGAUGCUGUACUUGUAAGAUUGUCCACAUGUACCAAGGACUAUUUAGCAAUUUAUGAAAAAUUAUAUAAGCUUAUGAUCGUGGUGAGACACCUGAGGUGGUAAUGAAUGAUGUAAAUGGAGCUGAAUGUUCAAUUGAAGCUAUCGUUGUUUAAA